GCUACGUAAUCGUACGUUAACAUUUUGUAUCGUAGUUCGCAUCGCAGUGUGCCUCGGAGUACACGUCCAUUAUUCUCACAUCAAACGAGGCCUUUUUUGAAAUUGGAAUAUCAGUAUUAAAAAGAAAAUAAUUACAGAAUUCCUUGUCUUUGACAGAUUCAACAAACAUCAAACAUGGGUAAAGUGGCAACAUCGGAAGCAAUCAGAUUCAUGACUGACUGUCUGAAGGCAGUUGGAGCUGCGGCGAAGGCAGCUGAACAGCAAGCAGACCUGCUGAUACAGGCUGAUAAGAUGGGACACCCUAGUCAUGGUCUUAAUAGAUUAGAAAUGUACAUCAACGACAUCGUCAGUGGUGCUUGCCUGCCUAAUAAUGAGCCGAAGAUCCUGAAGGAGAACGCGUCCACAGCCUGGGUUGACGCCAACAAUGUCCUUGGCGCCACUGCCAGCCAUUUCGCCAUGGACAUUGCCAUUAAAAAAGCGAAAAACACUGGGGUAGGAUGGGUUACUGUCAAAGGGUCAAACCACAACGGGAUGGCCGGCUACUGGGCCAAGAAGGCAGCGGACAAAGGCCUCAUCGGCAUGGCAUUUACCAACACCUCACCGUUAUUGGCUCCAACUAGAAGUAAACAGUCAGCCCUGGGCACCAACCCGCUGUCAGUGGUAGCACCAGCUUCGCAAGGAGAAUCCUUCUACCUGGACAUGGCCACUACUGCCGUCGCCGUCGGAAAGAUAGAAAUGCAGCUAAGAAAAGGAGAGCCCAUACCCAGUGGCUGGGCGCAGGAUCCUGACGGCAAGGAAACCACAGAUGCAAAACUGGCAUUUGACACAAGGUGCUUGAUGCCUCUGGGCGGGGGCGAAAAGACGUCAGGGUACAAAGGAUUUGGGUUGGCAGCCAUGGUGGAACUAUUCUGUGGAAUCUCAUCAGGAGCAAACUACGGACAUCACGUGCGGUCGUGGUCUCACAGUGGGUCAGGCGGCCAUGCCAACCUUGGUCACUGCUUCGUUGCUGUAGACCCAGAGAGCUUCGCCCCUGGCUUCGGUGACAGGCUAGCUGAGAGCAUACAGCAUUGGAGGCAGUUGGAACCGACGGAUCCUAACCUGCCAGUGCUAGCUCCUGGCGACAAAGAAAAGAAUAAUGAGAAAGAGACGGCAGCUCGCGGCACAGUCUCAUACGUCAAGCAGCAAAUAGAGUCCAGUGCAGCCCUCGCGAAGAAACUUAAUGUAAAGCCUAUGGAAGUCUUGGGAUAGCACACAAGUGCUAAUCGGUUCUGUGAAUAUGGUACUUUGUAUUUGAGAAGUUAUUUAAAAAAAAAUAUUCUAAAUUUGAAACAUACUCACAUGUCGAGAUAAUAAAAAAAAUAUUCCAAAUUUAAAAUAUAUUCUAACGAUGAUGCAUGGGGCCCGUACUUUUAUAACGUCCAUGUAUUGAUUUAUUAUAAUAAUAUUAUGUAAUUAUGUAGGAUUAUAAAGUUGUAUUGGAUAAAAUAAAAAUUCUGGUCAUUGUGUAAGGAUAUAGAAUAGUACCUACUAUGCACAAAAUGUUCAUAAGUUUAUUUUGCUCUGGUUGGUCUUGUUUUGUAAUAGAUUACUAAAAUUCACCGCUAACCGUCUUAUUUGUACUCAUAUUGUUUGGAUCUCUCUCUCUCUCUUCAUAUUAUUACAAUCAUUGUAAGAUUGUUUAUUAAUUUUCGUUGUCUUGUUCGAGCACUAAUCCUAACCUCAUCUCAACACUUCCUAUUUCACCAAACAACAUUGCCUAAUAAUAAAAAUCAGGAGCAACUUAAAACUGAACCAAUAAUUAAACAUAUUGAAUGAACGAGAAAGUGUUUUGUUUCUAGUUCCUGUCUGUGAGUCUCUUUGUUGACAAAAAUGAAACCCUUUGAAUUUCAAUUUUAAAUUAACCGAUGCUCUUUUGGUAAGGGAAAACGUCUUGAGGAAACCUGCACAUUCAGGCAACCGGAUGUGUUACCAUGAUCGAUUCAGGCUUAGGUUCAUCUGGAAAGGUUCUGUAGAUCUGACCUCCGGGAGUCGCUUCGUGUCCAAACCUGAUUCACACUAUCUAGGAUCCAUGGUUUUGACCAUGAAUCCUACUACGGGCUCCUCUCCAGAGUGCUGAAUUUGCAUUUGAAAUAUACUUGUUAAUACUAUGUACUUACUAUACUCCUUUAUUGACAUGUAAAAGCUUAAAAAAAGUUUCUGGAAGCGAAAAAAGGAAG